AUGUUCUCCACCAACAAUACCCCUUCUCUUUACUGUACAGCCUAUCAAGAACCUACCAAAGUUUCCACGAUUACAGCAUCCGUCGUGAUGACUAUUUUCCUCAUGGUUGGAAUUUUUGGAAAUGCAUGGACUCUCUGGAUUCUAAUUUGUUGUAAACGACUACGGAAAAACCUCAUCAACGACUUGAUAAUUAGCCUUUGUGCUAAUGAUUUACUUAAUCUUACCCUUGUACAGACUUUUGUGGUGGUGUCUUAUUACUUCAACCAAUGGAUUACUGGAACUCUGACUUGCUACAUAGUUCCAGAGGCUAAUAUGAUACUCGUAGGAACUAGUCUAUGGCAUCAUGCCUUUAUUGCCUUUCAUCGUUAUCUCGUAGUCGUUCAGUGGAAUUUCUACUUGCGAAUUCGCAAGAAAGUUUACCUUCUCGUGGUCAUUCUCGGAAGUAGAGUAUUUCCGCUCGUUUUAUCAACUGUGUUCAACAGUAUUUCAUACAGGAAGUACCGGUUAUCGCCUCAUGCAAAUGCAACAUCGCUUGUAAAUGUAAUUUCCAAUAUGGAAUCAUUCUCGAAGUCCAUCAUGUUCUACUCCCCUUACCUACUUCGCUGUGUCUACAAGAGGGAAGAAAAGGAGAGGAUAAUUUGCGUUCUUUUCCUGACCGUCAUUCUACCAUGUAUAAUCGUCUCCGUGUGCUUUAAAGCAAUUUUCAUCUUUGUUCGCAAAAAUAACCUAAGUGUAAAAAAGCGUAUAAAAAUUCAAAACGGCACCCCAAUUGAAAUUAAAAUUAGAUCUUACGCAUCUAAUUCAGAACAUAUUGGCUCCGAACCGCCGCUUUUUGACGCUGACGAGUAUAGAGAGAGUUGUGAGCUCACUAAUACGUCACAGACCUCAUUUGAUGACCGUAAUUACCGCAAGUCAUCUCAACUUAAUAAAUCGACAGAUUCAGUUCAGGAAUGGACAAAAAUCACUGCACAUCGUAAGAGGCGUCUUCAUUCAUCCUUGAACUUGGACAGGAAACGUCUUUCACGGGAAAUCUCCAUUACUAAAAUGUUUGGAGUGAUUUUCCUGCUAUUUAUCGCUGGUUACCUGCCAUAUGGAAUUGUUAGAAUGAUUGAUAGAACAAAUAUCGACCCAGAGAAUUGUCCAAACACUUCAACCGCCAAUUCAACAAAUGACCUUGCAAAGCCUAAAGGUACACCACCUGAAGUUUAUGUCUUCAUCUCAGUCCUUUAUGCCAUUGCGUCAUGUUGCAAUCCCCUUAUUUUCGGAGCUAUGCACAAAGAUGUUCGCAAAAAUGCGACUAAAGGACUAAAGAGCUUGCGGAAUUUGAGUCGAAGAUGA